AUGGCCGUUGCGGUCGGCAACUGCUGCUUCUCUGCACUCACCUCCACCGUUAAAUUCCGUUCUUCUGUUUCCAUCCAACCCUGCUUCGCCACGUCACUUUGGUCAAGCAAUGGCCAUGCUCUUAAACCUGUUAGUCAAAGCAAGAGAGAAAGAGCUUCCAGUUCAAGAAAAGGCUCGUCGUCGUCGUCGUCGUCGUCUGCUAAAUCCCAACCAGAGAAAGAAGCUGUUCCCAAUAAGUUGAGCGGAAAUGGUGAUAGAUGGAGUGUUACUGGUAGAGGGAAGAAGGGAAAGUCUCAACCAACGGCAUAUAGAUCAUUUGGAACGCAAAGAAAAGAGAAGAAAGAGUUUGCACUUGAUCAAAAAGAGCAACAGGUUGAACCGAGGAGCCUUCAGGAUGCUGAUUUUCUUAAUGCCGUCGUUAAGGUUUACUGCACCCAUACAGCCCCUGACUACUCCCUUCCUUGGCAAAAACAAAGACAAUAUACAAGUACAGGCAGUGCUUUUAUGAUUGGUGACGGGAAACUCUUGACAAAUGCCCACUGUGUUGAGCAUUAUACUCAGGUUAAAGUGAAGAGAAGAGGGGAUGAUACCAAAUAUGUGGCUAAGGUUUUGGCCAGAGGUGUUGAUUGUGAUAUAGCUUUACUUUCAGUAGAAAGUGAGGAAUUCUGGAAAGGGGCAGAACCACUCCAAUUGGGAAGCUUGCCACAUCUUCAGGAAGCAGUGACUGUUGUAGGAUAUCCCCUUGGAGGAGAUACCAUUUCAGUAACAAAGGGGGUUGUAUCGCGUAUAGAGGUUACGUCAUAUGCUCAUGGGUCAUCUGAUUUGUUGGGCAUUCAGAUUGAUGCAGCAAUAAAUCCUGGUAAUAGCGGUGGACCUGCAUUCAAUGAUCAAGGGGAGUGCAUUGGUGUGGCAUUUCAGGUCUACAGAUCUGAAGAGGCCGAGAAUAUUGGAUAUGUCAUUCCUACUACAGUUGUGUCUCAUUUUUUGGAUGACUAUGAGAGGAACGGGAAGUAUACAGGUUUCCCUUGCCUGGGUGUAUUGUUGCAAAAGUUGGAGAAUCCAGCAUUACGGGCGUGUUUAAAAGUAGAGUCUAUUGAGGGUGUACUGGUACGAAGAGUUGAACCCACUUCUGAUGCACAUAAUGUAUUAAAGGAGGGGGACGUGAUUGUAAGCUUUGAUGAUGUUCAUGUAGGGUGUGAAGGAACAGUACCUUUCCGAUCAAAUGAGCGCAUUGCAUUCCGCUACCUCAUUAGCCAAAAAUUUGCAGGUGACGUUUCUGAUCUUGGUAUUAUUAGAGCUGGAGAAUUCAAAAAAGUUAAAGCAGUUUUGAAUCCACGAGUGCAUUUGGUCCCCUUUCAUAUCGAUGGAGGUCAGCCUUCCUACUUAAUCAUUGCUGGUUUGGUGUUUACCCCCCUCUCAGAACCACUGAUAGAUGAGGAGUGUGAAGACUCUAUAGGAUUGAAACUAUUGGCAAAGGCACGCUACUCUUUGGCUAGGUUCAAAGGGGAACAGAUUGUGAUCCUAUCACAGGUCUUAGCAAAUGAAGUGAACAUAGGGUAUGAGGAUAUGAGCAAUCAGCAGGUUUUGAAGUUAAAUGGAACCCAAAUAAGGAACAUUCAUCAUUUGGCGUACCUUGUAGAUUCAUGCAAGGACAAGUACUUAGUCUUUGAAUUUGAAGACAAUUACAUAACAGUUUUGGAAAGGGAAGCAGCUACAGCUGCUUCUUCCUGCAUUCUCAAAGAUUAUGGGAUUCCGUCUGAAAGGUCUUCCGAUCUGUUGGAACCCUAUGUCGAUUCACUUGGAGACAACCAAGCAGUCGAUCAGGACAUUGGCGACAGUCCUGUUUCAAAUUUGGAAAUUGGCUUUGAUGGAAUUAUUUGGGCAUAA